AAAAAAAAAAAAAGUUAAAAAUUUUAGGGGUCAGAUAAACAAGGGCAAGGAAAUGUGUUGGUUUCUAUUUGUGAAUCAGGUUCAGAGAGUGAAAAGUGUUUGGAUGGGAAUGAUGCCCUGUUCUACUGUUGUGUUGGAAAGUUUGGGUUUGGGGAUUGAGCGGUGCCGCUUCGUAGACAGAGACAAAAAGAUAAAACUGUUACUUGGGCAUUGGAUCAUAUUGUCAUGGUUUGGUGGUUAUUAGGUAGGCAGUUUUGUUGUUUAUGGUGGUUUUGACAACUAUUCGAUGUGGAUAAAGUUGUCCAUAUGGCAUUAAAUCAAUCAAAGGAGUACUCAAUUCCCAGUGCAGCGGGAGUAUUAGAAAAUUUUCCCUCAUUUCAUACUUCCAUUUACUCUUUCAAUCUACUGCGUACGGAUAAGCUCGACCCAAGUCACUAACCCACUUCCUUUUUCCAAACCCAUGAUUAAUUUGGACAACUCAACCAUCUUGAAUAAUCGAAGGUUGCAGAUUGACCCACGUGUCAAAGCUUAGUCAUUACUGAUGCACAACCGUGCAGGGAAUCGGUCCAAAACUUGAGAAAGUUAUUCAUACCUUUUGCAACGAGGUCACCUGAUGGAAUAACAAUGCCUUCAUAAAGAAGGUGAGAAUUUUUGCAUUACUUCACAGCAAGCUCAAUCUGUUUUCCUCUUCAAAUGGAAAUGGACUUCACUGUCAAAUAUCAGAUAGAAUAGGUACAAGCGUACAAGUUUGACAACCCCAUCAGAAAAGAUUAUGAGGUUUGGCCCAUUUUCUUACAAAAAGAUCAUACCCAACUUUCAAAAGGUGCUGAAAUUUUGAAUUUUCUUGAUCAUCAAUCAUCGGAGUGUAAUGGGAAAUGUUUUUGUAAAGAAGACUUAAUUUUUUUUAUUUUUUAUUUUCCCCGUAACCUUGAAAGAGAUCUAUUGUAAAGAAGACUUCAUUUCUUUUUCUGUAACCUUGAAAGGGUUCUAUCAUCUUCAACAAUGGCAACAAACCAGAAACUUAGAGAUCUUCAAGAUGUUCUGCAUGCCAUCAAAUCCGAAAGCCUCAGCUUACACAGCAUUUCCUUUUACCUUUCUCAGCCCACUUCUUGUUGCUACCAAGAAACAGAAAACUCCAUGAACAUAAACCUCUCUAACGAAAACCUUCCCUACUUUUACAACUUCCUUGCAGUUUUAGGAACAUCCAAAACCUCCCAAUCAUGUCUCAGAAACUUGGAGUUCCAUUGGGUUGAAUGGGAACCACAGCAACUGAAAAGCCUUGGCGCAUUGCUUGAGAAUUACUCUAGCGUAAAGCAAGUUGUGUUUGGAAGAAACAGGUUGAGUAGAGAAUGUCUAUCUGAGCUGUGUGAAAUUCUAAAGAGAAAUAAAGUGAUCAAAGAGAUAAUGUUUUCUGAAUCAGCAAUUGGGUCUGUUGGUUCCGGGCUUCUUGCUUCUGCACUUAAGGUGAAUGAUAGUUUGGAAGAGUUGCAGAUUUGGGAAGACUCAAUUGGUUCAAGAGGUGCUGAGGAACUCUCAAAGAUGAUUGAAGUAAACUCCACACUUAAGCUGCUGACAAUUUUCGAUUCCAAUUCAAUCACUGCAACACCACUUAUUUCUGCAGUUUUAGCAAGAAACAGGAGCAUGGAAGUUCAUAUUUGGAGUGGUGAAAAUGGAGAAAGGAGUUCAAAGGUGGUUGAGUUUGUACCCGAGAACAGCACACUUCGAAUUUAUCGUCUCAAUGUUUCAGGCACUUGCAGGGUUGCCUGUGCUUUGGGAUGGAACUCAACUGUGAAGUCACUGGACAUGACCGGAGUCCGGCUGAAAUCGCGUUGGGCUAAGGAGUUCAGGUGGGUGUUGGAACAAAACCAGACCCUCAAAGAGGUGAACUUGUCAAAAACUAGCCUGAAAGAUAAAGGAGUUGUAUACGUAGCUGCUGGACUUUUCAAGAACCAGAAGUUGGAGAACUUGUAUCUAGAUGGAAACUUGUUUAGAGGCGUAGGAGUGGAGCAUUUACUCUGUCCUUUGAGCAGGUUCUCUGCCUUGCAAAUACAAGCAAAUAUAAGUUUAAGAUGUUUAACAUUUGGAGGAGAAGGAACCAAGAUUGGAAGGGAUGGUCUUGCAGCCAUAUUACAGAUGCUGACAAGCAAUGAAAGUGUGACACGGUUAGGGAUAUACGAUGAUGAGAGCUUGAGGCCAGAUGAUUUUGUGAAAAUUUUCAGGAGCUUGGAGAGGAAUGCCUCUUUGAGGCACUUGUCUUUCCAAGGCUGCAAAGGGGUUCGAGGAGAGUUGGUGCUGCAAACCAUCAUGGAGACAUUACAAGUAAAUCCUUGGAUUGAAGACAUUGAUCUUGCAAGAACGCCGUUGCAGAAUUCUGGUAAGGCUGAUGGGAUUUAUCAAAGAUUAGGCCAGAAUGGGAAGACUGAACCAGAAAUGGAAAAAAUGGAUUUGCUCAAGGACAUGCCGCUUACUGUACCAAAGAGUUGCAGAGUUUUCUUCUGUGGACAAGAAUAUGCAGGUAAGGCUACAUUGUGCAACUCUGUGUCACAGAGUUUCUCCUCUUCAAAGCUUCCUUACCUGGAUCAAGUAAGAACUCUAGUGAACCCGCUUGAGCAAGCAGUUAAAACAGUUGGAAUGAAGAUAAAAACUUUCAAAGAUGAAGACACAAAGAUCUCAAUAUGGAAUCUUGCUGGUCAGCAUGAAUUCUAUUCCCUCCAUGAUCUCAUGUUUCCAGGGCAUGGAAGUGCUUCCUUCUUCAUCAUCAUAUCUAGUUUGUUCAGGAAACCCAGCAACAGAGAACCAAAAACCCCUAUUGAGAUCGAAGAGGAUCUCCAGUACUGGCUUAGGUUCAUAGUCUCCAAUUCAAGAAGAGCUGCACAACAAUGCAUACUUCCAAAUGUAACAAUUGUUCUCACACACUAUGACAAAAUCAAUCAACCUUCACAAAACUUGCAAGCAGCAGUAACCUCAAUUCAAAGAUUGAGAGACAAGUUCCAAGGCUUUGUUGAUUUCUAUCCGACGGUGUUCACAGUCGAUGCAAGAUCAUCAGCAUCAGUCAGUAAACUCACUCAUCACCUCCGGAAGACGAGCAAGAUGAUUCUCCAAAGGGUUCCGAGAAUCUAUCAGCUAUGCAAUGAUCUGAUACAAGUAUUAUCAGAUUGGAGGUCAGAGAACUACAACAAGCCUGCAAUGAGAUGGAAGGAGUUCGAAGAGCUAUGCCAAGGAAAGGUUCCACCCUUAAGAGUUCGUUCAAGACAUGAUAACAGACAGACAGUAGAAAUGAGGAGGAGGGCUGUCGCUACUUGUCUUCAUCAAAUGGGAGAGGUUAUUUAUUUUGACGAUCUGGGUUUUCUAAUCUUAGACUGUGAGUGGUUCUGUGGUGAGGUGCUUGGCCAACUAAUGAAACUCGAUGUGAGAAGUAGGAGCUCCACAGAUAAGAAUGGGUUCAUCAGCAGGAAAGAGUUGGAGAAGAUUCUAAGAGGAAGUUUACAGAGCCAGAUUCCUGGAAUGGGUUCAAGGGUAUUUGAGAACUUGGAGGCUAGUGACCUUGUGAGGAUGAUGCUUAAACUUGAACUUUGUUACUUACAAGACCCAGCAGAUCCUAAUUCCUUGCUAUUAAUCCCCUCAAUUCUUGAAGAAGGCAGAGGAAAGCCACAGAGAUGGCAAUUAGCCACCAAUGACUGCAUUUAUGCUGGAAGGCACCUUGAGUGUGAUGAUUCAAGCCAUAUGUUUCUCACCCCAGGCUUCUUUCCUAGAUUACAGGUGCAUCUUCACAACAGAAUCAUGGCGCUAAAGAACCAGCAUGGAGCUACUUACAGUCUGGAGAAAUACCUAAUCUCAAUUGGCAUCAAUGGAAUCUAUAUCAGAGUGGAGCUAGGAGGACAGCUUGGUUACUAUAUUGAUGUCUUGGCAUGUUCCACCAAAAACCUGACAGAAACUCUAAGACUUGUCCAGCAGCUUAUAAUACCUGCAAUCCAUAGCCUCUGCCAUGGUAUCACCUUGACUGAAAGUGUACUGCGUCCAGAAUGUGUUCAAAAUCUCACACCUCCUAGAUACAGGAAAACCCAGUUUGUUCCAUUGCAGCAAUUGAAACAUGCCUUACUAUCAGUUCCUGCAGAUGGUAUGUACGAUUAUCAGCACACAUGGAGUACAGUUUUAGACUCUGGCAGCCCAGUUCUAAGAGCAGGUUUUGAUUUUGCUCGUGACCUUCUAUCCGAUGAUGAUUUCCGUGAAGUACUACACCGGAGAUAUCAUGACCUGUACAACCUUGCCUCAGAACUGCAAGUCUCAGCUGAAAGCAACACAGAUGAACCAGAGCAUGCAUUAUCCACCAGCAAUGAGCCCGACAAGGUUGAAGCAUCUUUUGGUGGAAUUGCCAAGGGAGUGGAAAUGGUUUUACAGAGGUUGAAGAUCAUUGAACAAGAAAUCAGAGACUUGAAACAGGAGAUCCAAGGGUUAAGAUAUUAUGAGCAUAGACUCCUUAUAGAGCUUCAUCGAAAAGUGAACUACCUAGUGAACUACAAUGUCCAAGUUGAAGAGAGGAAAGUUCCCAACAUGUUCUAUUUUGUUAGGACAGAAAACUACUCGAGGAGAUUAGUAACCAACAUCAUCUCUGGCAUGACUGCUCUUCGAUUGCACAUGUUAUGUGAAUUCCGCCAAGAAAUGCACGUUGUUGAAGAUCAGCUAGGUUGUGAACUAAUGAAGGUUGAUAACAUGGCUGUGAAGAGUUUAGCUCCAUACAUGACGAAGUUCAUGAAACUGCUAACAUUUGCUCUGAAGAUAGGAGCCCAUCUAGCAGCUGGAAUGGGAGAAAUGAUACCCGAUUUGAGCAGGGAAGUUGCCCACCUCGCUGACUCUUCCCUCCUUUAUGGGGCAGGAGGGGCGGCUGCUGCCGGGUUUGUUGGGGCUGCAGCUAUGGGAAGGAACAGAAGCAGGGCUGCAGAACGCUCGAGGGAUAUUCAACAAGAUCUAAGAACAGCACAGCAGUGGGUGGUGGACUUCUUAAGGGACAGGAGAUGCUCAACUGGAAAAGAAAUUGCAGAGAAGUUUGGGUUAUGGAGAGUGAGGUACAGGGACGACGGUCACAUUGCAUGGAUCUGUAGGAGGCAUAUGAGCCUCAGAGCACAUGAAAUAAUGGAAUUACCAAUUUGAAUUCAUGCAAACAAACUGAGAUGGGUUUGGGUAUAAAAAUAACAGUUUCUUAUUAAUUCUUUUAAUACAGUGUAUUUUUCAAAGAUUUUGAAUGGUCUAAACUGCAGCAAUCGUACUAUUUUGGGUUCAGGAAAUUUUGUUAUGGUAUUAAAUUAGAGUGAAAUAACUCUCACCCUUGUA